AUGCUGCACAACAUCGCAGGCCCUGCUUGCGUCUUCCUCAAGCGAGGUUUUUUGCUGACGCUCAAACCAGACCGAGAGCUGAGACCAGAAGAGAUGGAUGAGCUACGGGAGGCCUUUUUAGAGUUUGAUAAGAAUAAGGAUGGCUAUAUUAGUCAUAAAGAUCUGGGGGAGUGCAUGAGGACCAUGGGAUACAUGCCUACUGAGAUGGAGCUCAUAGAACUGAGUCAGCAGAUUUCGCUUAAUGUCAAAUAUGCCUGUCUUCCAGGUGGAGGCAAAGUGGACUUUGAGGAUUUUGUGGAGCUGAUGGGACCCAAAAUGUUAGCAGAGACUGCCGACAUGAUUGGAGUGAAAGAACUACGUGAUGCAUUCAAAGAGUUUGAUUCCAAUGGUGACGGUCAGAUCAGUUUAACGGAGCUACGUGAGGCCAUGAAGAAGCUGAUGGGGGAACAAGUGACCAACAGAGAAAUUAACGAAAUUCUCCGAGAUGUUGACCUUAACGGAGAUGGUUUGGUGGAUUUUGAGGAGUUUGUGAGAAUGAUGUCACGGUGA